UGUUUUACUACUGACAACGUUUUUCUGAUUGGCCGCUAAUUGGCUCAAGGUCGUUGGUGUUUAAUUACUUACUGAGAUUUAUGUAAAGUAUUUUCUUUGGUUCGAUCAAGUUUGAGAAUCGAUUACUUCCCUUCCGUGUCCUGGAUGUCAUCCAAAGUUCCUAUACUUUCUGCCGGUGGUCCUUUGAUAUUUCGUCAAUUAUUUGAAAAGGUUUCAUCUACAUACACUUACUUACUGGCCGACUCACAUACCAAAGAUGCUGUUAUUAUCGACCCUGUUUUAGAAACUGUUGAACGAGAUAAAAAACUUAUAUCUCAGUUGAAUCUUAAAUUGGGUCCGAUAAUAAAUACUCAUUUGCAUGCGGAUCACGUAACUGGCAGUGGGUUGUUAAAGCAAAUUCCUGGAUCUUUCAGUGUGUUGUCGCACUAUGAUGGAGUCAAAGUUGACAAGAUAAUAAAACAUGGAGAUGUUAUUAAAUUUGGAAAUUUCGAAUUAGAAUGUCGAAGUACUCCAGGGCAUACAUCAGGUUGUAUGACGCUAGUAUUGCAUUCCGCUGGUGUUGCUUUCACUGGUGACACACUUUUAAUUCGUGGUUGUGGAAGAACAGAUUUUCAAGGAGGCUCAGCUGAGACAUUAUAUGAUUCAGUCUAUUCACAAAUCUUUAGUCUUCCAAAUGAUUAUACAUUGUUUCCUGCUCAUGAUUAUUUAGGCAACACUAUGACUACUGUUGGUGAGGAAAAGGCAUUUAAUCCUCGGUGUAUGCGGCUGAGUUUCUCUCUAGACUAAACGAAGUUCUCAUUGCGAUAGUCAAUGGUAGACAAAUCCCCAAUUUAUGUUUUCUUCAAUUGCGUUUACCAGUUUACAUGUGCAUGUCAAAUCAUCUACAUCAGAAGAAUAGAAAGUAGGGUCAGUAUCCGCAUGUAUGAACACAUUCCACCAAAUUUGCGACCAAGAACAGGAAUUUUUCGACAGUGCAGUUGCUUGACAUUUGUUUAACAUUGAACAUGAUGCUGAUGCUUAAAAGUCCUUAGGAAAUAUCAAUGUGCACGAAAAUUAAAAUUUAUUGCGUUUUGCUGGAGCCACUCUAAUAAAAAGAUUGAAAUCGAAUUUUUGUAUCCAUAACGAUACAGUUCUCAAUUUUGUUUUGCCUUGGUGACCUCGUUUACAUGAAGUUACUGUGCGAGAUUUUUCUCCAUGACCUUAAUCACGAUUUCCACUAUCUUAUUCCUUAUUAUGAGCUUUAUUCACCUAGUUUAUAUUGGUUAAACUGUUACUUAAUUUAUGGCAUUAAUCUACGAUCUCGCGGAAAAAUUCUGUUUCCCUGUCCCCAGUUUUCUCUUCUAGAAUAUUCAUAUAUUUAACCUAUAAGUAAGCAAACGCCUGAACAAUAGUUGAUUCUUCCACAAUUAUCAUCACUGAUUAUUCUAUAUCUCCAACUCAAGGUUAUUCAAAACUUAUGAAGAAUGGAUACCUGAGUCUUUUUUAAGGAUUAGUGCCGGGUUUUAUACAGAUAAUUAGAAACUGUGAAAUAUAAUGAAUUCAUAUUGUUCUAUUACAUUCUCUGUUCUUUCUUACUCAAACUUACAAAUAGAUAAGAAACCGUAUGAAAGAUUAUAUCCCCUGAAUAAUGCACAUUAUGUUGUGAUCUGUUACACAUUGAAGUACUCAUCUCAUUGCAUUAAUUUUACACAAACCUCUAGUUCUGGCCUGAUAUUAUCAAAACCUAGUUCCGCUAUGCAGAACCUUGCUUACACGAGCAUAGUGUGACAGACCCGUGUUCUCAAUUCCUCUCAGUAGUGAAGGCAGUACCGCGCGAUUUAAAUGGGUAUGUCUACUAGUGAUGUUUCCUAAUCUUCCACAAUACCGAAUUGCAACACAGCUCAAGAAUAAAAGUAUUGCUAUGCAUUAGGGAGGUCAGUGGUCAACGAACUUCCUACGUUGGCCUCUUAAGACAGAUCUUCCUAUCUAAGCUUGAUUGGCGUUGGUACUACGACAACGAAGACGAGAUGGCGGGCAUUCUUCAUCACUUCAGUGCUGUAUAACACGGCUAUGUCCACCGGCUACGGUUGCCGACUUUAUGAAGAUAGAAUAUAUAAAUAGGCUGGAAAAUCCUAAGACACAAAGUAAUAUGAUAUUUAAAAAAUAUAUGAUGUUAUGACAAAAAGCAGAUUCACAGUUUAUCGUUUGGCAUACUAGAUCACAUUGACCACACUAUGGAUAUUCCGGGUUUGACAAUGCUUUUGUUCGUAGCAUCCUUUUGAUUGAAUGUUCCCAAAGAAAUGAAGGGGGUUCAAAGAUAUAUUUGAAAGGUUGUCAAUAUAUGGAGAAGCGUCUGACUUAAGCUAGUUACUUGCUGCGAGAGAUGCGUAGGACGGCCUACCUAAUUGGAAUCUGGUGCGGAUGCAUGACUGAUCAUCUUCAGUUAAAAUGUGUCCAGUUAAACUAAUGAGUUCAGUAUUAUUGUCGAAAACUUAAGAACUAUCUAUUUGGGGAUCUACUUACUACUACUAUGGAAAUUUACUGCCUUGUUUUAAAAUUUAUUCAACCUAUCAUGUACACGUUCUAUACUUUAUAAAGAUCUAUGUCAAUCUAAUUUAACAUUUAAAAUGUAUUCAUUUCUUACUAAUGGUCAACUUAAAUAUCCGCUUUGAUCUAACAUACAUCAAUGUUCCUUAGAUCAUCUAAUAAUAAUGAUUCAAUUCAAUUAAUUUCAGUUUAAAAUUUCAAAACUGUUCUAUUCUACUCUCUUUUUCAUAUUCAUAUUCAUUUUAAUUUUUUAGAUUAACUAAAACCAAAAUUGAAUUUGUUAAAAUUAUGAAUGAAUUAAAUCUUCCGUUACCUAAACAAAUGGAACGUGCUAUUCCAUUGAAUCUAAAAUGUGGUAUCAAUGAUGAAUAAUGUCAAAUGAUUCUGAAGUAAUAUAUAUUCAUUUGUUUGUUUGUUUAUUUGUUUAUUUAUUUCUCUCAGUCAGUUUACUUAACUUUGUUCAAAAAUGUCCAUUUUUUAAAAUUAAAAAAUCAGAUUACUUUAUCCGUAACUUAGUGAAAUACUCAUUUCCAAAAAGGAAACAUCUCCAUAUAAGUGACUUACAUCUAUUAUCAACAUCCUAUUUCUAUUCAUUAAGAGUGAUACUUAAGUUUUAUUUAAAAUAUUUCUAUUAUAUAAAAUUGUCUUCCAUUGUUUUUUAUUGGAUAUUGAUUUAAGCCUAAAUUUUAAUGGUUUAGUUUUCAAUUGAUCAAAAUUCAAUAAUCUAUUUUGUGCACUAAAUCUUUAACCAUUAAUAUUGAUUUAAUGCGUUGUUGUUUUUCAUUAUUUUUCCUUAUAUCUCUUCUUAUCUGUCAAUAUAAUUGAUUAAAUCAUUAUGAUUUCUAAUAUUGAUUAAUUUUUAUUUAUGUGUGAUAAUAAUCAUCUGCUCACU